AUGGCUAAGCCUUAUGGUCGGGGGGCUGAUUUGGACACGCCCAAAACGUGGAAGAGGCUGCCAGCAGGGCAGUGUCUUUCUUUCUAUUUUCCUGACCAUGCUGAAAACUUACAAGCAGCGGAGGGGUACUCCCCCCUCUUCUGCCAUUCCAUCUUUGGAGAUGACGAAGAAAUACCCGGUUUCGAAGAGCUGAAGCUUCAGAUCUUUUUUUCUAGCGGACUUCGCAUGCACACCCUCGUCCUAGGGGAGGCUCCCUGUUGGCGUCACUUGUUGGACUGUUUGCUUAGCGCGCCCUUCCCUGGGGACUUCUGUGAGACUGAGGAGGAAUUUUGUGCUUUGCUACGACAAGAACAUAGCUGGACCGCAGAGAAGGAUCCUCUCUUAAAAGAAGGAAAGCUCUGGGCGGAGGCAUGGGACGAGAGCAAGCAGGCGAAGCUCCAACUCUUCUCCUUUUCGGUGGCGCGUUACAGCACCUCCCCCGGAAUAGCACGAGUUGAAGAAACAGCGGGAGACGCAGCAAUUGAAACACCACGAAAUGUGCAACUGAGUGCAUUUGAGACCCUUCACAGGCGGCAAGAGUGGCUGAUGCGGUUUUACAUUGACGGCACUCGGCCGGUGAGCACGGAAACCCUUAAAUUACAUGCACAGAAACCGACAUUUGUUUGCUAUGGUUUGGUUGAGAAGCACGCAGCAGAGAACGAAUCACUUGCUUGCUGGCCUAAUGGAGCAACUUUGCAAAAGAGAGCUGCAUGUACACGCCAAGCGGCGGAAGGCCUCCUGCAGCCCGAUCAGGAGCAUCAUCAAGAAACAAACGUGCAAAAUUCUUCAUAUUCCAGCUCCACCCACUCAAAGCGUCUCAAACUAGCAAAGGAUGCUCGCGAAGGAGGAAAAGAGGGAAGUGCAGACCCCCUUUCGGAGGUUGGCAGUGGCGACAACUUCAGAGCAGCCCUCGAAAGCUCUAAGGAAAACAGCAAUCACAAUGGAGGAGCGUAUGAAGGUUGGAAGGUAGCAGCUGACACAGUGCCUCCGCCACAGCACUCAGGGGCAGUGCUGCAACACGCGACGUGUUCCAAUAAAGAGAGCUCUCCCCCGGGCCGUGGUGCACUCCCGUGGAUAGAAGUCGUUGGUUGCAUUACAACAUACUCGUUUUAUGCCAUGACGGGAGGCGAAAAGCUGCGAAUCAGUCAGGUUCUGGUGUUUCCGCAGUUCCAAGGCAGGGGUAAGGAGUGGUUUUCUGCUGCAAGCCAGCCAGGGACGUGA